UUUUUUACCCAAAAGUCAACACAAAGGACUUCAAAUCAAGCUUUCUCCAUAUUCUCAGUACAAACUAUAUUUUAUUUUAUUUUUAUUUUUCAUUUUUAUCGUCGUCUACCUCUGAUCUUCUGGUUUUGCUCUGUAUUAUAAGUUAUACGUUUAUGGAGAUAAGUUUUAGAGAACCCCAGAUGGUAUAUUUCAUUUACAACUUGCAAAGAACUUUUGAUCAUUUAGUUUGAGUUUACUCGCCGGAGACUGGUUUUCCGGCCGCCGUGGUAUCAGUGGCUCCUUCGGCUUCCGCCGUCUCCCAUUAGAUUUGAUCUUUUUUCCCCCUUUCAUUUUAAUGGGUUUUGAGUUUAUGGGUAUGAAAUAAAGAAGGUUGACUGGUAGAUGAGGCAGAAAAGAUCGAUAAAAACCUAGAAAAACAAUCCCGCCGCCGGCGAAUACUCGAGAUGCCGACGGAUUUAGAAACUUCCGGUGAAGCCAGUAUCUCCUCCACUGGAAAUCAGCCUCCGCCGCCCAAAUCCGCCGUGAAAAAGAAGCGUAAUUUACCAGGAAUGCCAGAUCCGGAAGCAGAGGUAAUUGCUCUGUCACCGGAAACCCUUUUGGCCACGAAUCGAUUUGUGUGUGAAAUCUGCAACAAAGGGUUUCAAAGAGAUCAGAAUCUGCAACUACACCGGCGAGGUCAUAAUCUUCCAUGGAAACUCCGGCAACGAACGAGCAAAGAGGUGAAAAAGAAAGUGUAUGUCUGCCCAGAGCCGUCGUGCGUCCACCACCAUCCGUCGAGAGCCCUCGGCGAUCUCACCGGAAUAAAGAAGCAUUUCUGCCGGAAACACAGCGAGAAGAAGUGGAAGUGCGACCGGUGCUCCAAGAAAUACGCAGUCAAGUCGGAUUGGAAAGCCCAUUCCAAAAUUUGUGGCACCAGAGAGUACAGAUGUGACUGUGAAACUGUGUUUUCAAGAAGAGAUAGUUUCAUCACUCACAGAGCUUUCUGUGAUGCGUUGACGAAGGAGGCCGCCGUUACUCUGUCUCCGGCGACGGCGGAGAUUCCUAAUUUGGAGUCCGAUCCCCAAGUUCAGCCACCGAGUUGUUCGUCUCCGCCGCCUACUGCUGCUUCUCUUUCCGCCACUACCGCCAGCGCCGCCGCCCCAGUCCCUCCUCCAUCAUCCACUGAAGCGAUAUCUUCAAUCUCGUCCAUUCAGAAAAAAGCCUCGCCGGGAAAUCCUCCGCCGCCGCUAGUAGAGGCACCAGGCAAAACGACCGUACCUAGCAACUCCAGCAGCAGCAACGCGACAGUAUUGGCUAGCUUGUUUGCUUCAUCCGCCGCAUCACUGAGCUUACAGCCACCGCAGCAGCCCGGAUUUUGCGACUUAUUACGAGCCAUGGCGCGACCCGAUCGGGAGGCCGAAAUAACACCGCCGUUGGUUUUUGAACCACUUUCUCUAUGUCUGUCGAACCACAGCGAAUGGUCGCUUUUCGGAGCCGGAAUCCAAGAAAGUCGCCCAUACGUGCCGCCAACGCCACCGGCCAUGUCCGCCACUGGACUCCUGCAGAAGGCCGCUCAAAUGGGUGCUGCUGCAGCGGCCAGCACAUCAGUGUUUCGUGGAUUUAGUUUGUCGUCUUCCUCUUCUUCUGCACAACAGGGGAGUUUAUAAUUAGUGGAAGAAAAGGCAACCCUCCGCCGCGCCGGUGGCAGUGGUGGGCAAAAUGCGGCGUCAGAUUGUAAAACAACUAUGAAAUCAGAUCUGUUAGAAAAUUGAAUUUCAUCUGUUCUUCCUUUCAAGUUAAGCUCUCAUAACCUACCA